CUCUAUUUCUAUGGCUCCGGUGAGAGUCAGUCAGCUGGAGACUGAUCCGAGGCAUCAGAAGAGAGAAAGACGUGAGGAAGCAAACAGCUAUCAUGGCAUCGUUAAACCUCGGGUUCAACGGGGCUCGUAAAAAAACGGCAGCGCGUAUCAGAGCCGUGGAGAGGAGAAAUCUGAUCACCGUAUGCAGGUUCUCAGUGAAGACCCUCAUUGAUCGCUCAUGUUUUGAGACGAUAGACGACACGUCUGCUGAGUUCAUCAACUUUGUCUCCAUUGUAGAACAUAUUCUCAGCCAUAGACUGAAAGGCCAGGUCAGCUGGUUUGGCUAUGAGAGCCCGCGCAGUUUCUGGGAUUACAUACGUAUAGCAUGCAGUAAAGUCCCCCACAGCUGCAUCCACAGCAUCGAGAACAUGGAGAACGUCCGCAGCUCUAAAGCAAAGGGUCGUGCCUGGAUAAGAGUGGCGUUAAUGGAGAAGCGUUUGUCUGAAUAUAUCUCUGCAGCUCUGAGAGACUUCAAAACUACAAGGAGGUUUUUUGAGGAGGGGGCUGUGGUUCUCGGUGAGGAGGCGGGGCUUCUUGCAGAUACUCUGAUUGGACUGAAUGCCAUUGACUUCAGUUUCUGUCUGAAAGGGGAGGGGCUUGAUGAGAGCUGUCCCGUCGUCAUUGACUACACACCGUACCUUAAAUUCACACAAACUUCUGACAGCAUUAGCAGCGAUGAGGAGGAAAUGAGAACGCUGGGCAGCAGCGGCAGUGAAGCAGGCACUCCUGAAUCCCACAUGGCUGCCAGUCUGCUGGCCGAUCAGAGCACCUGGUACAGCAAGAGCAAAAGACUAGAGCAGAAAUACAGAGUCGUGAUGGAACAGAAGGGUUAUCUGGAGGAGCUGGUGUGUCUGAGGGAAGCUCAGCUCUCUGAGUCUGUCUCUCAGAAUAAAUCUCUACUGCAACGACUCAAAGACACCGAAAAUAGCCACAAAGAGGAGAAAAAGCAGCUGGAGAUCAUCAUACUGGAGCUGCAGGAUCAGCUGACGGUGAUGAAGAACUAUGACCUUCGCUCCAGACAGGAGCUCACCUCGCACCUGACAAACCAAUGGCCCUCACCUGGUGCCUUGGAUACUAAUGCAGUUGCCUUGGAUACGCUCCUGUACAGGAAACGCACAGCACCAUGGGAAGAGAAGAGCUUCCAGAGUUUGGAGCAGCUUUCUGCAGAUAUGAGUCUCUCUCAGACGUCACUGGAGCCAGCACAACUGAACACACACAGUCUGGAAAGCAAGGCAGGACUUACACACUGGCACAGAGAAGGGAAAGAGGAUACUCCGUCUCUGAGGGGUUUGUGUGGUUCCUUAACCUCAGUGGCCAGUUACAAAUCUCUGGCCAGUCUGAAGUCCAGUGAGUAUCUGGCCAGUCCGACAACAGACAUGACCAGCCCAGGACUGACUCCAUCCUGAGAGACAAGUAUGGACAUAUAAACACAUACACAAACACACGGAAACGGAAGUCUAGCUAUCGGUAUCAUCCUCCGAGCUUCUAAGAGACAUUUCAGCUAGACAAGAUGAAACCCUAGUGCUGUCCUGACUGGUUUGAGUUCAGUUUGAAGUGCAGUUUGUUUUUAGAUGUGAACAUUAGGUCGUUGAAGUCCAUAGCUAGUGUAAGCAUUAGUGAAUACUGAGCAUAAUGUAUUACGAUGAAUGACAAUCUUGACUCAGGACAUCAGUGAAUUUCAGCUGUUUGGGAAAUUUAGUUUAUCUGCCCAGUUCAAAUGGCUGCUGUUUUUGGAAAGUAUUUGCUUCUGUUUAUAAAAAUUGUCCUGUGUGGAGUUACCCUGAAUUGCUUUAAACUUUUAAAUUCGAUUUAACUUCAUUUCUCACUAUUUGAUUUGAUCUGAUAUUAAAUGUUAGAUUUACUGUUUUAUUUAAUAUUUUAUUGUAUUUUUACUUUGACUUAACUUCUUGUAUCACUAUUUCAUUAAAUUUUAUUUUAAAUAUUACAUUUCAUUUUAACGUUUUAUUUCAUUUUAUUUCGUUAUAUUAUUAUUAUUAUUAUUUUCCUCCUCUUAAAAACACACUUUUCUGUAUCAAUUAUUGUAAUUAAUCUAGUCUCUCUCUACACAUUUUGGUCCCUUUAAAGAAAAAAAAAAGCUUUUAAAAUGGACAUGCCAAGUAAAAUACAUUUUCAAAUAUUUUUUAACAGCUUUCAAAAUAAAGCUGUGAAAUUUCAGUAACAAUUCUGUCCUCUUACAUAGAGAGGUCUUACAUAUUCAUCAGCUCUGUGAUUUACAUAAUCAUACCGCACUCAAACAUUGGUUUUGCAUUUUUCCCACCGUCACUAUCAGAUAGUGGCUAGUGUGUGCAUUGGUGUAAAGCAUUGCCAUGCAUUUAUAUAAAUAAAGAAAAAUAAUAUGGAUGACAUAUUGGACUGAAACAAGAAUGUAUUCAAAGAUCUUUAACUUAAUCAAAAAAUAGUUUUAUCAAUUUAAUGGGAUUAAUUAUGAAAAAGACAACAAAAAUUAUUUUAGUUAAUAAUUUCUUCUAAUUUGUAUGUAAAUGCUGUAAGUUACUACCUCCAGAGCAAUUCAAGCUUAUAGUACCACUUCGUUUUUGACUGUAUAAUGAGGCUGUGGACUAUAGAGCAGUGAUGUUCAAUGACAUGGACAUGAAUAAUAUAGCCACUUUUUUCAUGUCAAAGCCAUGCUUUUUUCAUCGACCACAAUUCUCUUCAUUAGACGGCUUUUUUUGUGGUUAAUUUGGUUAGAAAACUAGAAUGUCAUAAUGUGCAGUAUUUAAUUCAUUUUGAAUCCAUUGUCUGAACCCAGUUUAAUGUAAAUGUAAGGUUUAACUGUAGAAUUAAUAGGUAAAGUUGUGUUUGAAGUUCAAGGUGAAUACUCCUAAUACUGCUGCUGAUAAUAAUUAAAAAAAAAAAAUCCAUUUAAUAUUACCAGUGUGAUUUGCUCAUAAAACAGACCUGUUUAUAAAAUCAGUUUAAGAGGCAUGCCAAGCCAUGGGUUAUAUGUAAAAAAUAAUUAAAGUGUUACGAAAUGUGUAUGAUUACUCAUGAGCAUCAGUACAGUCAUAACAGAAAUUCCAGGGAAACACGUAUGCAGAAUUCCCUUUGUUGGCGCUCAUCAAAAAUAGUAUUGUCAGCUCGAACAUUGCCUUGCUGAACAUCCAUGUUCUUAGUGUUGAAAAAUGUCUCGUCUAACGGUGUGUGACUUCAGUUCUGUACCGCACAAAUGCAUGUUUUACACUGUUCAGAGCUCAGUACACCUAAAUGUGCAUCUCUAAAUGUGUGUUUUUUUUUUUUAGAUUCUUUACAGCACUGUUUGAUCAAAAAUGUGCAAUUGUAAUGUUUAUAGUGGAAUGAAGGAAAUUCAUUUCAGUAUUUAAGUAUUAUUUUUCAGUUUCAAGAGUUUUAACCAAUACAUUUGAGAAAAGUUACAUGCCUUUACAGACAUUUUGGAAUGUAUUUUGUUUCUCGAUGCUUUGAAAUCUGUUUUUAGGAUUGAGUUUUUCUUUCUUUAAUUUUCUGUUGCAUGGUGAAAGAAAUAAAUGGGGUGAGGGUAAUGAGGGCGCACUGAGAUGAAUAUCAUAUAUUCAGCUAAUUAUAAUUUAUCCUCAUUAUGUUUGGUCAAAUUAUACUUUAUGUCUUCUAUGAAUGUUUUCAUCUAUGAUUGUGAUUUUCAAUAAAUUCCAGUGUAAAUACA